AUGGCGGACGAAAGCGCGUUCGAUGCCUGCACUGACGGCGACCGCGCCUUCGAGGCGCGCGGCACGCUGGAAUCGCUCUGGCGCGCGAUGACCAACGGCGAAGGCCCCGAGUCAUUCGACCACAUCUCGUUCGCAGGAGGCGUUUGCUUCGGCACGGGAUUCAGCAUCGUCCUGGGCCGUACGCUGCGCGGAUUCUGCCUGGUGGCUGCCGGCGGACUCUUCACGACCUUGAUUCUGAACCACUACCGCCUGAUAUCGAUCAACCGGGAGGCCAUAGCGGCGACGGUCACGAGCCUAGCGCUCUCCGCGCGCGAGAGGAUCGACGAGGCGCUGCAGGGCUCCGGCGGACCGCUCAAGUUCCUGUCUGGGCCGCUAUUCGGCCAACACCUGCCCAGGGAGCGCGUUAUAUCAGCUCUGGCGGGCACGGGCGUGGGUUUCACGCUGGGACUUAUUGUAUUCUGA